AUGACGGAACGCGAGUCCAGGCAACCUUCGCCCGCCCGAGCUGGCACAGGACCAGUUUCCGAGAAAGAUGAUUCUGAGCGCCGACCCAGCGUACCAGCUGAGGCCAGCGACGAGGAGAAAUGGGAUGUCAACGUCCCCGUCGAUCCUCAAGGAGUCCACCACCCCUCCAUGGUACCCGGUCCAGACGGAAAGCGCGAGUUGAGGGAAUGGGAGUGUUGGGAUAAGCUCGCAUACUCCUGGCCAAAGUGGAAGAAGGCCAUGUAUUUGGCUUCCAUUGCUGGAAUUCAAAUCUCCAUGAACUUCAACACGUCGGUAUAUCCUAGCGCUGUCAACCCCAUCUCUGAACAUUUCGGAAUCAGCGCACAGGCAGCGCGCGUUGGACAGAUGAUCUAUCUGGUCUUCUACUCCUUUGGGUGCGAACUGUGGGCGCCAUGGAGCGAGGAAUUUGGUCGAUGGCCCAUUCUACAGCUCAGUAUGCUGCUCAUCAACAUCUGGGAAAUCCCCUGUUCUGUUGCCCCGAACUUCGGCACCAUCGUGGUCUGCAGAGCUCUUGGUGGUCUCUCUACAGCUGGAGGUAGUGUUACUCUUGGUCUUAUUGCCGACAUGUACGAACCAGAGACUCAGCACUGGCCUCUAUGCUUUAUUGUAUUGUCUUCUACGAUCGGAACGUCUAUCGGCGGUGUAAUCGGCGGACCCAUCGAAAAAUACCUUACAUGGCAGUGGAACUUCUGGAUCCAAUUGAUCUUUGGUGUUGCUGUCCAAGCAGUGCAUUUCUUCAUGCCGGAGAGCCGAGCUACCAUUCUUAUCGACCGCGAAGCGAAGAGACGUCGUGAGACUGGCGAAGAUCCCAACGUUUAUGGACCAAACGAACUCAAGAAGCCGCGAAUCUCGCUCAAGGAAGCUGGAAAGAUCUGGCUCCGACCAUUUGAGAUGUUCGUCCGUGAGCCUAUCGUGUUGCUCCUAUCGCUCCUCUCCGGUUUCUCUGACGCUCUGAUCUUCACGUUCCUGGAGGCUUUCAACGUCACUUUCCCGAACAACUUUGGUUUCGGUACGCUGCAGGUAGCUUGGGCGUUCAUUCCAAUCAACGCCUCCUACUUCUUCACAUACUUCCUGUACUGGCCUUGGUUCUGGCGCGAUGAUCACCUACGCAAGAAGAAUGGCCCUGACUGGAUGUCGCCAGAGCGGCGUUUGAAACCACUUCUGUUGCUUGCGUUGUUUGAGCCCAUCGGGCUGUUUGGCUUUGCUUGGACCUGUAUGGGACCACCUCAAACGCAUUGGAUAGCACCAAUGAUCUUUUCGUUCCUCGUCGGCCUUGCAAACUUCGCAAUCUACUACUCUUCCGUCGAUUACAUGAUCGCUGCGUACGGUCCAUACUCGGCUUCAGCCACUGGCGGAAACGCGUUUGCUCGUGAUUUCCUCGCCGGUAUCUCGGCUAUGUACGCCACACCUCUGUACAACAAUCUCGCAUCUACGAGUCCCCAGAAGUCUGAGUAUGCCACCACUCUUUUGGCAUGCUUGUCGUGUCUGGUCGUGGUGCCGAUCUACGUUUUCUAUUGGAAGGGCCCGCAGAUCAGGAAGGCUAGUAAAUUCGCCUCUAUCCUUGCGGAAGACAGGAAGGCGGAGGGCGUCAGACGGCUCAGUAAGGCUGACAACCUACCGGCCUAA